UUCAGUACCAGUGCGAACUUCCUGGCAAGCUCUAGUUUUUCUCGACCCAGCCGAAGGCAAUGAACAGUUAACUGGUUGCGUUUCGUAUGGGACGCGACAAUGGCCAAAACUAAGUGGAACAUACUUUUCGUUACUUUUGUGCUGUCUUGCUUAUCGCUGGCAACACUAAUCGUUUCGCUGUGUACACCCUACUGGGUGGUUUCCGAAGCUUACGAAUCAAGAGCAUCUAAAAAUAGCGAGAUACAGUACGGUCUUUUCACUGGAUCGCUAACAAGGAAUGUUUUACUCAGCUCAGCGCACUAUGAUCUAGCAGUUAUCUGCCUGUAUGAGCACAAUGCUUGCGUCUACAGUUGCCAGAAAGAAGAGGCAAAACGUGAAUCGGAACUAUUAGAUAUGAUGAAUGGUCGUACACCAGCGGAAUGUCCGCUAGUCAACACCAAGCUGUUAUCUACUAGCAAGUCUGCUGACGCUGUAACGGCAGUUUCCUCCAAGGCUGCUUCGAAGGAUGAUUUUAUCAAUGCCGGUAUGUGGGUUACGACUGUUGUUUUUCUGGGGAUUGCAACCGCUUUCUCUGGUGCUAGCGUUAGUUUGUCCAUCAUCAACGUUCUGUUUAAUCCAGUGGAGCCAAUUUUGAGCGUGUUUGGACUGUACAUCUGGAACGGGAUUGUGAUUGGUGCUACAUUGAUGACCAUGAUUCUUUGGGGAGCUCUGUUCGGAACGCAACUUAGUGGCAAUAUUGGCAUCACAGACACGCUUACGCCAGAAGCACCGUACAGUUCCAAGGGUUUGGCAGCCCUUGGCGCAAGUUACUGGAUUUUGUUUAUUCCGAUGGUUUUUCACGGGGUCAACAUAGGCCUGCUGCUGUGGAGACAAUACCAAAUUAACAAGGAACCACCGCCGACGACAAUCGGCUUAGAUAAAUCUGAUCUAACCAUCAUAAUGUUCUAGAAUACGUUAUAAUCACUAAAAAGGUUACAAAAAUGA